UAAACAUCUGAACCGUCUCGGUCCUCUGACACGUCUUUAUCAGAACAAGAUGAAGAAGUUUCUGUUGUUGCUUCUCUUCUGUCACGUCUCAUCUCCAGUAAAACACUCAGUUAAGAUUUUCAUCACUGCAUCUUCUGGAGUCCCAAACCUCCCAGAGUUUGUGGCUAGUGGAGAGGUGGAUGAUCUUCUGGUGGCUUACUGCGACACCAACAAAAAGAUACUAGAACCCAAACAGGACUGGGUGAAAACAUUUUUAGAAAAACAUCCUCAGCUUUGGGAAAUAUGCACAGCACUGUGUUUUGAGAUUCAGCCUAACCUUUUCAAAGCCGAGAUGGAUAACUUGAAGCAGAGCUUCAACCAAACUGGAGGUGUCCACAUUCUCCAGAGCAUCGCUGGCAGUGAGUGGGACGAUGAGACUGGAGAGGUCAAUGGUUUUAUGCAGUUAGGUUAUGAUGGAGAAGACUUCUUAGCAUUGGACCUGAAGACAUUGACAUGGAUCUCUCCGAAACCAGAAGCUGUCAUCAUCAAACAAAGAAGGGAUGCUAACAUAUCUAGAAUAAAAUACAUUGAGAUUCUCCUCACUGAGAUAUUUCCAGAAUGGCUGAAGGUGUUUGUGGUCUACGGCAAGAGCUCUCUGCUGAGAAAAGAGGUUCCCUCAGUGUCUCUCCUCCAGAAGUCUCCGUCCUCUCCAGUCAGCUGCCACGCUACAGGUUUCUACCCUGACAGAGCCAUGAUGUUCUGGAGGAAAGAUGGAGAGGAGCUUCAUGAGGACGUGGACCUCGGAGAGAUCCUCCCCAACCACGAUGGAUCCUUCCAGAUGAGUGUAGACCUGGACCUUUCAUCAGUCCCAGCUGAAGACUGGAGGAGGUACGACUGUGUGUUUCAUCUCUCUGGUGUGGAGGACGAAAUCGUCACCAAACUGGACAAAGCAGAGAUCAGGACCAACAGAGAGAAGCUUUCUGAAAGGAAAUUUCACAUCUCUGCUGGAGUGGUUUGCUCUGUUGUUCUUGCUGUUGUCGUCCUCGUUGCUAGAUUCAAUCGUUACAAAAAUAAGAAAGCCCAACUCCCUCCACAAUCUCCUGACAACAGCUCUGAGCUCUCUGAGAGACUCAAUCCAGAGACCUGAUUAACACACACAUCCUGCACACUGAGUUACUUCAGAAGAGACGGUAAGCAGUAAAUGCUUUGACGUGGACUAUGAUCAUCUCCAGUUAAACACCUGAAAUGAUGAGCUUCCUACAACAAACCUUUACAUUAAAGCUACAUU